AUGCUAAUGCUUUCAAAGAUAGACAAAGGAUAAAAUGAAAUCCUUGAAUAUGAUUUUGAAAAAUCACAGAAAUUCUUUUUCUCAAGUGUGAGUGGAAAUAUCUUAUUUGCUUAGACCAUAUUGCAUUUGAUCUUAGUUUUCCCAUUUUACUUCUUUAUGGCAAAAGAAUAUUCAUUUAUUCUAUAUGAUGAACUAAAGCAUCGCUCACUAUCUAAUAAAAUAGAAGAACUAAAAAAAUAUGCUUCUAUGAAAGAUGUCUACACGGAGAAUAUGGUUCAAAAAAUAAGAGAUGACAUCUACAUUCUAGUCAGAUAACCUUAUCUAAAACUGAAUAAUAAAGAGUUCUACACUUUUACGACUAUUUUGGCAUCGCCUAUUUUUAUUGUGACUCUGCUUUUUAUCUUCUUUUAAAACAUUUAGCAGUAUAGAUUCGCUAUGUAUUUUACAAUGUCAAUAAAUUUCAUUCAAGCGGGGGUAGUACCAUUAAUAAUGCUAAUACUACCUGGGAUUUUAUAUUACAAAGCUGAUUAGACAUUUGACAUAAAAUCUCCUCUAAAAUAUUUGGCUAUUUUAUGGGUAAUUGGUGGAGCUUUUGGAAUAGUGUAUUUUGCUGCUAGUUCUUCUUAUACCAAUUUAACUUAUUCUGGUUUUGUUUAAAAAUGA